AUGUGUUUAUUGGCUGGUGGGAGAGCUGUGCCGAGUUCGCUGGUCCCUAAUCCGGUGGGCGGGGCGUAUAAAAAGCUAGGACGCGGAGGGGAGUUUCCAACUGUCAUCAAUUCUUCGAUACAUGAAAAAUGUCCUCACCUCCUACAGCUGAUGAAACCAGACAUCGGAAAUGGCAAUGACCUGCAACGAAUCGUGUUAGUCCGUAGCAUGUUUGGACUGUUGCUGAAUAAAGAAGACCGUCUGUUGGACGUGCUGUCGAUCCUCCAGGAAUUACUCUGUUCACCAACCAGCAUUGAAUUUCAAUUCGAAAUCGGUGAGGCUUACAAAUUCCUCCUAGAGAAGGUCAAUGACCUUGCUGCCGAGGUGAACCUCCAGAUCGUCAGGAAUAUUCUGCGCAACAUCAACUCCAAUGAUUCAGUCACGAGAGCUGCGUGGACGGAGCUGCUGUUGGAGGCUAUCGAUUAUCUUCCAAAAGGAUUAUUGCUCAGUGAGAUAUUGCCCGAGGCGCUGAAAAAGGCUAGAGCCGGAGAAUCGGUAUUGGCCAAGAUCACAGGCAGCAAGUUUCUGGGGCGACAGGCGACACGACUAGACGAGGCAGACGUCAGAAGUUAUAUCGUCCCCGUGAUUCAGGCGUUGUGCAAAGACACCGAUGCAGCCGUCCGCGCCAGCGCCAGCAAGCAAAUACCUGUCAUUGCGAAGGCAUUGAAACUGAAAGAGUGCCUGCCUUUGCUGAUGCCGACGAUCAUCGAUCUCAGCACUGACGAAAGUGACUUGGUCCAAGAGGCGAAUCUAGAGGCGGUUGUAUUUUUCUUGAAUAACGUCGAUAACGGUAAUUUUCUCUAG